ACCGAGGCGCGGAAGGAAGCGUCCGUGAGGGAGCACACUCGCAGACGGAGCGCGUCUCGUCGCAGUAAAAACUGGGGAGACGGCCGCGGCCGCACAUGCUUUAAGUCCCACUCCCACCACCACCACCACCACCUGCUCAGUCGCCGCAGAUCUCCAGCUCCCCCCAUCAUCGGCGGGCGCGGCCGCAUUCCUCGCCGUACGGAGCGAAGCGGGGAUCGGUGGGUGGGUAGGUGCGGCUGCUGGGGAGUGUCGGUGGGGUAGCGCGGGAGGAAAAAUGGCGCCGGUUGGUGGCGUCGCCGGGGGCUCCAGAUCCGCGGCCUGCUGCGCCGUGCUGCUCGCGGCGGUGCUCUUCUUCUCCGCGCCGGCCACCACAGAGGCUUAUGAUUCGCUGGAUCCAAAUGGCAACAUCACGAUAAAAUGGGAUAUUAUUUCGUGGACUCCGGAUGGUUAUGUUGCAACGGUCACAAUGUUCAACUACCAGCAGUUCCGACACAUAUCUGCGCCUGGGUGGCAGCUAGGGUGGUCGUGGGCAAAGAAAGAGGUCAUCUGGUCGAUGGUGGGGGCUCAGGCCACUGAGCAGGGUGAUUGCUCAAAAUUCAAGAGCGCCCCUCCCCAUUGCUGCAAGAGAGAUCCGACGAUCGUCGAUCUUCUUCCAGGCACCCCAUUCAACCAGCAAAUUGCCAACUGUUGCAAGGCAGGAGUUAUAAAGACAUUUAACCAGGACCCAGGAAAUGCUGCUUCCUCCUUCCAGAUUAGUGUUGGUCUUGCUGGGACUACCAAUAAGACGGUUAAGAUGCCAAAGAACUUCACCCUUAAGGCCCCAGGUCCAGGGUACACAUGUGGGCGUGCUCUUGUUGGCAGGCCUACCAAGUAUUACUCGUCAGACGGGCGCAGGGUAACCCAAGCUCUCAUGUCGUGGAAUGUAACCUGCACAUACUCCCAAUUUCUUGCUCAGAAGACUCCGACCUGCUGUGUAUCUCUCUCAUCGUUUUAUAAUGACACUAUUGUGAACUGCCCAACGUGCUCUUGCGGUUGCCAAAACAAUAUUACUCGUCCAGGAAGCUGUGUAAAUGACAAUUCACCUUAUUUACAAUCUGCCAUCAAUGGCCCUGGCAAACUAACCGGGCAGCCUCUUGUCCAAUGUACGUCCCACAUGUGCCCGAUAAGAAUCCAUUGGCAUGUGAAGCUCAACUACAAGGACUACUGGAGAGUGAAAGUCACCAUCACAAACUUCAACUACCGCAUGAAUUAUACAGACUGGAACUUGGUUGCCCAGCAUCCUAACUUCGAUAAUAUCACAAAGCUGUUCAGCUUCAAUUAUAAGCCACUUACACCAUAUGGAGGCCGCAUAAAUGAUACCGCAAUGUUCUGGGGAAUGAAGUUCUACAAUGAUUUGCUCAAUCAAGCUGGUCCGCUUGGAAACGCGCAGUCAGAACUACUCAUGCGGAAGGACUCAGAGACUUUCACCUUCCAGAAAGGAUGGGCGUUUCCGCGGCGUGUGUACUUCAAUGGUGAUAACUGUGUCAUGCCGUCUCCUGAUGACUAUCCAUGGUUGCCUAGUGCAAGCCCUCUAACAAAACAACCAUGGACACUCCCACUCUUGGUGUUCUGGACUGCGUUGGCUACUUUGCUGGCUUACUAUGUAUGAUGAAUGAGACCCAAGAGAUUCAGCGAGCUUCAAGUCGCUGUCAGGUUCCAUGAUGUGCGCGGCAACAGGUCAUUUGUUCAUUCAAUUCCACGGUUGCAUAGAAGAGACGGGUGUCGCGCUGAGGAAAGCUGAUAUGUUUGUGUUUUGUAAGUUAAAAGGGGCUGGAAAUGUUUUUCUUGUUUGGUAUAUACUGGCCAUGGAAACUUUGGUGAACUUAGUUACUGCAAUUUAGGUAAUUACGGUUGCACCUUCUGUAUUUUAUAGCAGACGCAGACAUUUAAUUUGAAUCAUAUGACUGCCUUUCUUUGUA